AGACAAAUUCCGGCUGAAUCGGUUUGAAGCAAAAUGUUCAGGAGUAUGUAAAUAGCGCGUAUGAUUCACAAAAAGCAAAACUAGGGUCAGAACACAAAGCUUGUUCUUGCGGUGAAUGGCGCCCAGGUCUCACACUGGACCCGACAUGGCCAGCGUCCUACUCAGAGCACAAGCUUACGACAAGACAUGAACGUAGUGCACAAGCUUUGAUGUAUAUUGCACUUCCAGUUAUAUACGUCGUUUACGAAGCUUGUGCGCUAUCUAUACGUUUAUAACGCAGCGCACGCACUUUUAUAUAAGCGCACAAGCAUAUGCAUAAGGAAUUUGAUUGGUCCAUCUCCUUAUGCACUUGCUUACGGACCAAUCGGUUUCUUUAUGCAUAUGCUUAUGCAUUUAUGCAAAAGUGUGCGCUCCACCCUUAUGACUAACAUCUCGUCGUAAGCUAUUACGCCGCUCUUUGUGCUCUGACCCUUAACGCCUAUUUUUUAAGCAGUUAAUUAUUUUUUAUACCAUCGUGGCCUUUUACUAUCGCGCUGUACGUUGAUAACGAUUGUCAUCGAUAGGACGCUGUCAUUAUAUGAUAACGAAUGACAUUUAUCAGAUAAGCAUAAUCUCGUAGCAACAUGAGCAAUAUCUGUAAUAUCGUCGCGCGAGUCAGCUCUCCAAGCAUGCAAGAAUGAAAGAGGUUUAUUUGGCUGUACUCUUGACAGUUUGCACGUACGUGUUUUUAGCGACUAGCGAGGAGCCACGUUGCUUUCACUUCACAUGGCCAGGUAUAAUACACAGAGAUGUAGACAAGAAGACAUUUUGCGAGAAGUAUAACGAAGUUAAUCCAUUUACACCGUGUAUAAACCCAUUAUAUCUUAGUGAUACGAAGCCAAAUGUAAGUGAGAUAUGGGAGAAUAGAAUAAGCAAUGGCUAUAAUUAUACCCAACCACUGGAACCCGGUAGCGUGUGUGUAAAGUAUACAUACACGUACAGUGGCGCAGUUAUAAACAUCAGUUACUUCGUUGGGAGAGUUACAGAAGACCUGGUGAAGCCAAUUGCAUCAGACUGUUUCGUUAAAUACACUGAAGGAUAUAUUCUCGAAGCGUGUGCCUGUGAAUCUAAGGACAACUCUGCGCCCUGCAACUCAACAAGAAGAAAUAUGUAUUCGUCGCUAAUGAUUUCCGUAGCUGCAGCCGUUUCGCUGUUCGUGUAUAAAAUUCUCGAUAUUCCCUGACAAUUUCGGCUUAUACUAUUCCUUUGAUAUGAAUGAAAUCGUACAAAUUAUUGAUAUUUAAUAUUUAUUACAAUUUAUGUGCAACUAUGAAUCAAGCGUAUGUCUUUUUACAAUUUUGUAGAACGCGCAAUAUAUAUUUAAAUUAUAUACAGCGGCAAGCAAAUCAUAUACCUUGUAACAUAUAACGCAAUUGAGAAAUAAAUACUCAUAUGUGCGGAAAUAUGAGGAAAAAGAUAA